UCUGGGACCUGCAGCAUCGAGUCUGGGAGUCUUGGCCUGUAAGGUUGUCUUGUCUCGGUACUGACCAGUCUAACCUAACGUUCCUGCAUCCUGUCUACCUACCUAGUAUUAUCGAGUCUCACCUUCCACACUACAUUCCCUACCUCCUUCCCUUCUGUUUCCUGACCUCCACAUUUUGUUACACCCUGUACCGUGUUCAAGUAGGAGCUGUACCAUAGUACACCGCUCCUGCUGGACAUUGCACUGAUUGCAGUAACAAAACACAACCAAACCCCUAAAAACAGAAACAAACUGGCAGGUAAGACUGCCAGUAGAUUACGUACUGGCUGUACCUACCUAGUAGGUCAGACAGGUAGAUAGGAUUAGCAUUGGGAUUCGGUUUAGGCAAAACACGCAUUCCUCGAUCGAUCUUUUCUCCUUGCGUCCCGCUCGCCAUGGAUUAUACUUCCGGACAACUACUCCCUAUUCCCCGUCAAACCCCCCAAUUGUCCCGGAGGAGAGGUAUUGAUCCUCCUGAGCACCUGCGUCUGCGCGACGACGACAAAGACCGCACCGGCGUACCUCCAGCAUCACCCGAAGUCAUAUCAUCCCUAAUCACCAGUUUAUCUGUCAUAUCGGAACCUGCGAAUCAGCACUUCGAGGGUCAAGCCUUAUCUCUUCCGCGUUCCGCUGGCGACGGCAGCUUUGGUAUCGAGUACGGUCAGAGACUCGACCGCCUACAAGAAGAAGGUGCUGGUAUCGACGAAUUGGCCGCGAGCCCGCCGACCAUUCGAACAGCGAAACCACCCUCCGGGUUUUCUCCAUUAACCGCUCCGAAAUCGCCACGUCGCGAGUCGUCUAGUGGUUUCAAAUCAUUUUUGCGCAACUCGUCUCGGCCAUCUUCCAAGGGUUCAGUCUCGUCGUAUGAUGAUACACGUAGCAUCGGCAAUCUCUCAAUUGAACGUGGCCUUCCUACCCCCGAGUUGCGCAGGCAACGGUCGCAUGACAGCUGGGGAAAGAAGCAACUUCGUAAUCAUAAGGGAUUGAUGUACAUGAGCUCAAAAGAACAAUUGCGCGCCAGUGAGUCAGAGAGGAAGCGCGCAAGUGUAGGAUCUAUUGGUGCUGUAUCCAGCAGUUUGAACGGGUUUUCACCUCGACCUGACGUUAUCCUUGCCGAGACCCCGAUUCGAGAAGAAUCAAGUGACUCGCCAAUAAAAACAGAUAUGCCUAGCGCAAGCCCAUCCGCCGAUUUCAUUAGUUUUCACCGACCGAUCCCGACUCGCGACUCCUCGUUGCGCAAAACGGGAACCAACGCCAAGAGGUCGUCGCAUAGGUCCUCGCGAUCGAAGAGAGAUAGUGAGGGCGGCUUCAACGACACUAUUCCUGAAGAUUCGGAACAAAGCCGAUCGCGCGAUCUCUACAACACUGGGCGGCGACACUCUAGUCGCGCAAACUCGGAAGUUGACACGAGAAGGCGAACGAGGGACGACCCUCUUCCCGAAAUGCCGCACUCUGCGAAGGCCAGCUUGACCUCCGCUGUUAAGAAGCCCCAGGAACCCCAUUAUUCCCACCAGCGCGCGAGAUCAUAUUCGACCGAUACGAAUGGGUACGAAGAUGGCGCCCCAUUCCCGGCUGUAUCUCAGAGUAGAAGACGCAGCGCGCAUAGUACCGACCGGAGGAAGUUGGGGCACACGACCCCAGACCCGGGUGAGAUUAUCCGGCCAAAACGAAGCAGUUCACGACUGAAGCGUAUUUCAGCGGGACCAAAGAGUCCCGAGCCGGCAGACAGAAGAAAGGAAAUCACUUCCCCUGAGCCUAUGGUAGGAUACGAACGGCCACAGAGCGCUGAUUCCGUCGAUGAUGCUGUUGAGUCCUACCUAUGCUCCCCAAGACUAUCACAGAAAAUCCGACAUCCCCAAACGGGCAGAGUCAUAUCGUUCUCUGAAGUCGGCGACGCCGAUGGCUCAGCAGUGUUCUGUUGUGUAGGCAUGGGCCUGACUAGAUAUAUCACUGCAUUUUACGAUGAGCUAGCUUUGACACUCAAACUGCGACUCAUUACGCCCGAUCGUCCUGGUGUAGGUGACAGCGAAGCGUAUGCUGACGGAACGGCAACACCUCUUAGCUGGCCUGAUGAUGUUUAUGCUAUCUGCCAAGCUUUGAAAAUCACCAAGUUUUCUAUUCUUGCGCACUCCGCUGGCGCUAUUUAUGCUCUAGCAACUGCACUCCGCAUGCCGCAGCACAUCCGUGGUCGCAUUCACCUUUUAGCUCCAUGGAUUCCCCCAUCGCAGAUGAACGUGUUUGGUUCAUCGCAAGCCCUUCCCCCUACUAACGCCAUCCCUACGUCUCAACGAAUUCUUCGAGCCUUACCCACCCCCUUCCUCAAAGCAGCGAACAGCUCAUUUAUGUCAGCCACCAGCAGCUCGAUCACCAGCUCACUUCCGAAGAACAAUUCUCGUCGUAACAAGCGAAAGUCCACUGUUCCUACCGGGCGAGAUUCAGCUCAAACCCGCCGAGACGCUGCGCCUAGCUUGGACAAAGAGAAUAUAACACAAGGAGGCCUAGAUGGGAAGCGCUUUCCAGUAUCCGCCAACGAAAAUAUGGAUCGGUUCCGUCCUGCUGAUAAUGAGUUCAACCCUCAGAAGGCUAUCAUUGCUGCCGCCGCCGAUGCUAUUGCAGAUAAAGAAAGGCAGAUGACUUAUGAUAUGAGGCUUACCCACGCAAUCUGGGAGCUUGCCACUACAGGGGCCAAUCCCGCUGUAGAUCUCCUUGUCUGUUUAGAGCGGAGACACACGAUUGGUUUUCGAUACGUAGAUAUAACUCGACCAGUCAUAAUUCAUCACGGUAGCAGAGAUACACGGGUUCCUGUUGAGAACGUAAAAUGGCUAGGGAAGACGAUGCGACGAUGCGAAGUUCGAGUGCUUGAGGGCGAAGGACAUGGAUUGAUGGCUAGUGCUACUGUGAUGGGCUCCGUAUUGAUGGAGAUAAGUAAAGAAUGGGAGGACUGGGCGAUGCUUACGAACUCGAAACAACGAACAGACGAACGAGGCAGAAGCUUACGGGCUAGCCACCGAUAAGGGACUGACCUAACAAUAAUAUCCGCUACUAUAUUCAUUUUUAAAGCAUCAUGUCAACCACGAUUUAGACCAUACCCGGUGCGCAGGAGUCUUGGAUAUUUGGAUAAUCGUUCUCAGUAUGAACCUAAUGGUUAGAAGGGUGGUUGAGGGGAUAUCUUGCAGAUGAGAGUCCCGCUUUUCGUUGAGAGUAUAUAUACACUAUAAACUAUGGCAGGCAAGAUAGGGUGGCUUUUUCUUCUUUUCUUUUAUUCCCCUCCCCCUUUUUUGGAUUGCAAAGAGAGGCAGAUCCGUAACGAUAAGAUCCGAGAGACUAGUACCGGAUGCAGUGAGAUAAUUAAAAAUCCUGCGGCGAAGGGUUUACGAAAGAACGGGAAGUGAAGGGGGAAGAUUACCUACCUCAUAGUGGACGGUAACGAGAUGGUUAUCAGUGUGGGGAGGUAGGUAUAGUUUAGUCACGAUACCUAGUCCUAUGUCAAGAAAUGUUGAGAAAAAUGGCUUCGAAGAGUAUCUACAUAAGUGCCUAGUGUAAUGUAAUGUCUACAUACCUACCUUCGACGUGUCCUAACGUCUACUUCCGCCCAUC